AUGCUAAGGGAAGUUGCGAUGAAGAAAGCGGAAAGGUUUGCAAUAAUCUUCAAGUAUUCCUUGGAAAUGGGGGAGGUGUCAGAGGAUUGGAACGUAGCAAAUGUGACACCUUUAUUCAAGAAAGUCUAUAAGGAGAUUCCUGAAUUUCUGGAUCUUCCAAUUGGCGUAAGUAGGUUUCUAACAAACAAUUCAACCUGGAAUGUUUAUUUAUGGGCUGUGUUCUGUGUGCUGGAGAUUUGUUGGAAAGGGGUUGCUCCUGGAGAUGGAUCUUUAGUUUCUGAAGACUCCGGGACAAUACUGGAGGGUUGGGAACUUCAGAAGCCAGGGAUUUUGGGGAUUCCAGUAGAGGUGCCUGCGGUGAACGAGGUGGAGUCUCAGCUGAGUGCUACCACUUCCAGGGAUCCAGUGUACGGGAGUCUGCUAAACUCCAAUACUCAGCUGGAAAGAAUUCCAGAAGGUAAACUUGUGCAGAACGAGGAUUUGGAGCAAGAUCGGGUUCCUUGCAAAGAUACAAGGGAGACCCCAACAGGAUUCAGCGAUUGGCUGGAAGAGCAGACGGAUGAUGAGUUUGGACUGAAGGAGGGAGGGGAGAAAGAAUCUGUUUUCCCCAAGGACCCACAGACGCUUAUUCUCACUGAGGGUUCACUGGGAGAAAAUCCCUCUGUCCCAAUGGAGGGAACUGAGGGAAAUGACUUCAGCACCAAGAAUGGGCCAUUUGUCGAGCUUGAUUGUUCAUAUUCAACUCUUGAAAAUGGAACACAUUUGCUGUGUCUCAAUUCAAAUCCAAUCACACUGGUAGAUUCAGGAUCUUCUGUUUCUGUCACUCCUACAUCUGAGAUUGAUUGUAGCAACGAUGUCAUAAUUCACGCAAGGAAGGUUUCUGUCAUUCAACACCCAGAUACAGAUGAUCAGGACACUUCAGUUAAUGAUAGACGGAGAGGUAGAAUUUCCUCAGAGACAGAGCACGAGGAAGCUUGUGCCCGCUCCACAAAAUUAGCCACCAUAAAGAGAGAAGCCAACUUUGACCUUCGGACUUACCAUGUGGAGAAAAAGCCAACAAAGCUUUUUUCUGACGAUGAAGGAAAAUACCAAACGGUUAUCGUUAAAGGAACGGCUGAUGAUGAAAUGCUUGCAAAGGAGAGGAGAGCGAUUAUUAGAAACCAAGCCAUGAAGAAGAACGCCACCAUUGCUGAGAGAUGGGGUUCAGUAGAGCAAUUAGAUAUGGAGGAGAAACUAUCGCUUGAUUCCAUGCAGAAAGAAGAUGAAACUUGUAUGUCCAGUAUAGAAGCCAAUUCAUCAUCUUUCCCUAAAGAAUCCUUCAUCACUCAUCCUGAAGGCAUCAACACUGAACAAAUAAACUUCACUGCUGCUCGGCAGCAGUUCCUCGAGAUGGAAAAGUCACAGCAAGUAGUCCCUGGGAGUCCAAGACUCUCUGUUGAACCCCUCAGGAUCUCGAACAAUUCUCCCAGCUUGUCUGAAUCAAGUAAACCUCUUCCCUGCAAGGGCACUGGUGUUUUGGGCACAAAUCCAGUGGUCACUCUAGAGGCCGUUAGAGUUGAUUACAUCCCUGAUGAAGAGAAGGGGAACACGGAUGAGCAUUCCACUAAAAGUAAUAGCAUCUUCGCUGCUGAAAACGUUGCAACUGUGGAAAAUCGUGAUGGUGAAACCCGGCAGAAUCUGCCUGUGUACUCGUCAAUUGAUGACCUUGACUCUGGACUGGGGGAGAUGGUCAAUGACUACAGUUAUGGGUAUACAAGUGAUGGUGGGGCAUCAAAUGAGAUGUUGAACAUUGGAACUGGUAACAGCGGAGCUUUUGAAUCCUCUGACCAGAAGUUAAUGCUUGAAACACCCAUUGAGAAGGAAAUCCGAUUGGCAAUGGAAAGGGAAGAGAGUCUUCGGAAGGAGCGAGGAAUUAGGAAGUUGGGAAGCUCUGAGGAAAUGGUGCAAAUUAAGACAAAGCCAAUGUUAUCUCAAAUACCUCCAACAUCUCCUUUCUCAAAAUCAAAAGACAAAAACCGAAUGGUCUUUUUUGUUCAGCGAGAAAUUGAAAUGGAUUCAAAGAGGGAAGAGAAGUUGAGACAAGAGGGUAAAGUUAAGGGCUUGUAUGAUAAAGGAACUGCAGAAGAGGUGGAAAAACGCAAGAAGGUAUUUGAACAGCAGAUAGAUGACGUGCCAGUUGUACCACAGCAAUGCUGGCACCCAAAGGCAGCUAGCUUUGCUUCACCGGAAUCUCUGGAUAUGUCCAACAUUCCAGAAGAAAGCAACACAAUCCAAGUUAAUGCAACAGAAUGUAAAGUGAUCCUGCAGGAAAGUCCAGAAUAUCAGCUGUAUAGUAAAAGCAGUUCAAAGCUGGACCCCACCACAUGUAGCACAGUGAUGAGGUUGGCAGAAAGCCAGGCGACUCGUGAGGAAGAGCCUUACAUCCUGCGACCAUUGAAGUGCCAGACCACCUUCCUGAUUGAGCGGGAAAUUGAGGAAGAGCAACGUCGGGAAGAGGAGCUGCGGGCUUGGAGACUGAAGCAGCAGCCUGCUAGGAAUCUUUCUUCAACCAGCGCCUCCACACCAGAGAGCCCAAAUUCCACUUUAAAUCUGGCAUUUCCUGGACAGCCUUCAAGAGCUGGGGCUUCAGAUGGUGACCAAGCAAAAAGUUUCCCAGAAAUGAUUCCGAGCCAGGAAAGGCGGAAGCCGUGGGAGAAAAAGGAAGACUCUUCAUAUGCUGGUAUUGAGGCUUCUGAUGACAUCAACAUGGAGGUGCUGGAAUCUACCAGAGUAACUCGACGUAAGAGUGCAAUGGCACAGCGCUGGGAGGCUGGGAUGUUCAACAACCAUCUGGAUGAAUGAAGCUAUCCUUGUGACCUGAAGUUAUAUAAUUGUAGAUAUAUCUAUAGUAAUAUUCUGAAAAGCACUGCCUGGUGAAUAGAAAUGAAGUUGCCUCUUGCACUCUGAACUGAUUUGACUCUGAGUAUUUGUAUAUACAACUGUAUAGAUUACCUGUCUGUGUCCUUGGGUUCUCAGCUCAGGCCCAAUGCCACAGCCUUACUUUUCUUACAGCCUUAAUAAGAGAAUGACUCUUGAAGCCGUGAACGAGAUGGUAGGCAACUGUUUGGUGGUAACCGACUUUCCUCACCCAUUCCCUUUACACCAUUGGAUCUCUCAGCUGCCUUUUUUUGUUGGAAUUAACAUAUUAGUACUUGAAAAGCAGGUCUGAAUUAACAAGCCUGGCUUCCAUAAUGAGAAUUAUGAAUGAAAAUCUUUGCUGAUUGUUCUUAACAAUAUCAGUUAAUUCUUUGCAGCAAAGCAAAUUCCUGCGUGUGUGCCGUUACUUAAAACAAAAUCUCAUCAAUAAAUCAGUAUCUGUAA